UCCCAAUUCUCUCUUCAUUCCUCCCUUAUCAAAGCUGCAGCUUUAAUUCUCACUUCCGAUCAUCAAUGGCGUCACAGCUGAGAACCAAGAACUUUUUGUUUAUAGAGACUGAGAGCGGCGAUUUUGAUUGGUGGAAGGAGAUCGAUGAAUCUGAACAAUGGCAACAAGGCAUUUUCUACACUUUGUGUGCCUCUUAUGCAUUGGUCUCCAUGGUUGCACUGGUACAACUCUUUCGGAUUCAAUUCAGAGUACCAGAAUAUGGUUGGACAACACAAAAGGUCUUCCACUUGAUGAAUUUUAUUGUAAAUGGAUUGAGGGCAAUCCUCUUUGGAUUCUACAGGAGCGUGUUUCUUAUUAAGUCUAAAGCACUUGAAAUGGUGCUUCUUGAUCUUCCCGGUCUUCUAUUUUUCUCAACAUAUACAUUACUUGUCUUAUUCUGGGCUGAAAUAUAUCACCAGGCAAGAAGCCUUCCCAUUGAUAAACUUAGACCUGCAUAUUAUAUUAUCAAUGGACUUGUAUACUUUACACAGAUAUCUAUCUGGAUAAGCAUACGUUUGAGCCAAAGUCCUAUUGCUAUUGAAGUUGCUAAACUUUUCUUUUCAGUAGUGUCAUUCUUUGCUGCUUUGGGAUUCUUGAUAUAUGGUGGGAGGUUGUUUUUCUUGCUGAGGCGCUUUCCUAUUGAAUCGAGAGGCCGCCAAAAAAAAUUGAAUGAGGUUGGCUUUGUAACAGGAGUUUGCUGCACUUGUUUCCUGAUAAGAUGCUUGGUGGUUGCUCUCUCUGCACUUGACAAGGAUGCUGAUCUUGAUGUUCUGAAUCAUCCCAUUCUAAAUCUCAGUUAUUACAUGUUGGUAGAGAUUAUUCCAUCUGCUUUGGUGCUCUUUAUUCUUCGGAAGCUACCUCCAAGGCGUGUCUCUGACAAUUAUCAGCCCAUCAAGUGAAGUUAAUUUUUUCCUCGAUCUUCACGUGAAUGCUCCACAAGACUGCUUCAGUUGUUGCUUAGCAUUGCUGUCAUAAGAGCUUCUGCACAUCUCUCUCUUCCUCACUUUCUCCUUUUCUCAUCUCUAAUUAUAUGUUAUAUCCUCAUUAAUUGGUUCCUUCAUGUAUAUUCUUCUUAUUUCUUAUGCAAUGGAAAUUGUUACAAAGCUCAUGCUCAUUGUAGAUGCCUUGGUAGGAAAACAAAUAUGAAAAUUAACAAAUUCUUAUGCAAUG